GACUUUAUAGUCUUUUUCUUUUUUGUAUAUAGAGAAACAACCUUUUUAAUUAAGCUUUAUAGUAUCUGUCUAUUUCUGACAAAAAAGAUUAAAAAUAUUAAAAAGAUACUUAAUCUAGUUAUAUGACUGACUAACAGUCCUCCCUCCAAACCUCGGCUCGGCUCAUUAAUCCACCAAACUUCCCCAGAUUUUCGGAAAUGCCUUUCUACAUCCACCUCCCCCGCAACAUUCAAGACACGUGCAAGCUUCCUAUCCGCAACCCCUUUAAUUUUAUUCUAGUCGCUAUUCUAUUCAUGCUUCUCAUACUCCAAUGUCUAUAACACAUCUACAUCAUACCUCUUGCCUUGCAUUUCCAAUUCCAAUUCCAAUUCCAUUGAUAUCUAGAAGUAUACAUAAAGUCAUCACUCCAUCAAUUUCUCAGCUCUCCACCUUUAGAGCGUUAACAGUGAGAAGAUUACAAAUACAUUGUAGAUCCUUUCACACCACAAGAAUCUACACAUCUCAUCAAAGUCUAGGAACCAUCUCGAGAACAAGGAGAGGAGCUAGAAACAUGGCAUCGCCCGGUUCCCGAUCUCCGAGGUCUGAUUUGGAAAAACAAUAUACCUCAUCUACUAGUAGUUCUAAGGUAGAUAGGAAAGCUAAGAAAGAGAUUGCUGUUGCGCAGCCUAGCUCGAGCAUCCUGCUCAUCUCCCCUCAAAACCAAAUUCUCCUGCUCCAUCGUAUCCGCACUUCCUCUUCCUUCCCCUCCGCCCACGUCUUCCCAGGUGGAAAUCUCGAUCCCUUCCACGAAUCACCUAUCCCCUCACCCUCCUCUCCCUCCCGUCAUGUAGAUUCCGAGACAUACCGUCUUGGGGCUAUCCGGGAAUGUUUCGAAGAGAGUGGAAUUCUCCUUGCUCUCCCAUCCGCAUCCCCAUCUCCAUCUCCUCACGAUCCCACCAAGAACAGCAACAAAAAGCAACUCCUCCAUAUCUCCGAACCAGAAGCCUCGCAAGCGAGAAAAGAAAUCCACUCCAGGAAUAUCAAAUUCUCAACCUGGCUUUCCCAACAAGGAGGAAUCCCCGAUACCGAUUCUCUCCUUCCAUUUACCCGUUGGAUUACCCCUUCCAACCUCCCAAAACGUUUCACUACACAGAUGUAUAUAUAUUUUCUCCCUCUAUCAUCCUCGUCCCCCUCAACAGAAACCGAGAUAGAAAAUGGGAGUAUGACCACGAACCAAGGAAAAGAAAUCCACACAACCCCCACCCACGACGGCGGCAUCGAACACACCGCCGCCGAAUUCGCCUACUGCUCUACCUGGCUCGAGAAAGCGCGAAGGGGCGAAAUUAUUCUGUUCCCCCCACAAUUCUAUCUCAUGGAAUUACUUUCUUCUUUUUUGCCUUCAGCAGGACCAGACACAAACUCAAAAACAAACUUCUCAACCGAGCAACUCGCCGCGCAGAGAGCCCAAGUCCUGCACUUCCUACAAGGAGACGGCGACGAUGGAACGGGCGUUUUCUGGGGCGAAAAGGUAAUGAGUCCGCUUUCGCUAGGGAUCAAGAAGAGGAAUGGGGAUGGGAGGGUGAUCUUGGGGUUAGAGGGACAGGGGCCGGAAUUGGAGGGGAUGGAUAGGAAAGGUGAUGCGAAGAGAGUUGUGCUUGUGAGGUUUGGGAAGGAGGGGCCGAGAGAGGUGGAGGUUAGGGAGAAGAGGGAGGUUUUGGAGGAGGAGAGGGGGGUGGAUGGGGUGGGAGGGGGAGGGGGAGGGGCGAAGUUGUGAGGGGGUUGGUGUAUGUAUAUAUAUAUAUAUAUAUACAUACUGCAGCGAUUAUAAUGACUCGAUGACCAUCCCAUUAUAUCAUGUCAUGACAUGACAAUCCCACGAACAAUGCCCCAAAAGCUCAAAAGUAAAAUAAAUAAAAAAACAAAAAAAUAAAAAGGUA